AUGGUGCAUGAUGCAUCUUUGGCGCGUGAUGAACGUGGGCCUUAUGGGCGAGUCAGAGCCGCCAAGCUUGAAGAUGAGGCUGAAGACAAGUGUCCGUUUUGUGGUUGGCCGCUGCAAAAGUGGUGGCCGCACAUACGCGCACCUGUCUUUCUCAACAGUGGCCCGGCCGAGAUUCGGCUUUGCCACCUGAAGUGCGCCGAGGAUGCCAUUAAUACGUUGGAGACCGCAAAGGUAAAGGUCGAGUCAGAGUUUGCCUGCAGCCUGCGGGAGCUGCUGCAACGAAGCCCAAACCUCUUUGCGCGCCGGGCAGCGGCACGUGUGAGUUUGGAGGAGGAGCGCCUGCACGAUGUCGCCACCAGCCAGGAGGGCCCUUGUUGGCCAUUUCGGGCUUUGCCACCGCCACCGAGUGCUGCCUUUGCCGUGGAGGGUAUCUUGGAGAUGAGGCUGUCAGCAUCGGUGCAGCUCGUGAAGAUACCAGGCGAGCUGGGCUUCGCGCGCAGUUUGGACACGUUGUGCUUGAUCUCCAACAGUUUAACCGAGCUUCCGCCCGAGGUGGGCCUGUUGACUGGACUCACACACCUCUACCUGAACGGGAAUUUUUUAGAAACCCUUCCAAAAGCAGUGUGCGCCUUGCCAAAGUUGCAAGAGCUCUGCCUUGAUGCAAACAAGAUCAAGGAGCUUCCUCCGAUCACCUCUGCAAAGCUUAUUCUGUUGACAGCGCCGGGUAACAACAUGGAGGAGGUCCCCCUGGUACCUCACUUGGAGAGACUCGAGGUGCACGGAAACCAGAUCAACAACAUUGUGACUUCCCUGGGAUCGCCAGUGAUGCACAAUCUCGUCACUCUCAAGGUGAUGGGAAAUCAGCUGCAGAAACUGCCAGAGGAGGUUUCGUACAUGACCAACCUGAGGAUCUUGUCUGUCGCGGAGAACCGCCUGACAUCUUUGCCGGAGGGCAUUGCAGCCUUACAAGGCCUGGAAUGGCUAUUGGCCUACGGGAACUGCCUCGGCGAGGUGUCCAGCAAAAUUGUUUCAGGCUGCAGAGGCCUUACAAGGCUGCUCUUGGAGGCCAACCCGUUAAAACCCGCAGUUGUGGCGGACCUCAUUGCAGAAGUCUCGAGGUCUAAUCUGAAGACCCUGGGCCUGGACACUCAGCAGGUGAGGGCUGCGCUGGAAGCUUCCACACUGGAGGAGCUGCCUCCAGCUGUCUCUGUGGGGACCGUACUGCCUCUGCGCGGUUCCAGCCAGAUCAGCUUGAAACUGACGCGAGCCUCGCAACUUCGACGGAAGCCAGGGGUCAAAUCAGUAGCUGAACCUGGUGGGCCUGCUGACCCGGUUGACAAGCCGGCAGAGCUCUUGAUUGUGGCCUUCGCAGCUUCACAGGGCGAGCCAGAGUGGCUGGGCUUUCUGCGGCGCCUCCUCGAACAUGGUAAGGUGGCGCCGCUGCCGCAACCCUUCGGUCACCUGACUGAUCUCUUGGAGGCAGAUGGUGCUGCGGAGCAGGACUUCGACAAGACCAUGUCCAGGUUCUGGUUUGGAAGCCCUUGCGGCAGCGCGACGUACCAAGAGCAGGAGGUUGAGGAGUCUGAAGCCCUGCCUCUUUUGGACUUCGACUUGCUCACAGCGGUCGACCAUCGCAUGCGCUGGUAUGCAGAAGAUCGACCGGCCCUCGAAGAAGCCUUGCGGAAACUGCGGCCACAUUACUCCAAAAUGCUUUGCGUUGGUGCUUCCAUGGGGGGCUUUGCUGCGCUGCUUCAUGGCGGUCUGGUGGCGGACGGCGUCCUGGCAUUGAAUCCUCAGGCCACUUUGACGGAGGCCCUCCUCCGGCCACCAGCAUCAACGCCACAAGACCUUCAGGACCUCACUCAGUCGCUUCUCGACUCGGCCAAAGCAGCUUCGGAUCGGGGUGCACAAGUCACAGUGCUUUGUGCUCAGAAGAUCGAGGAAGUGCGGAGCACUGCCAGCCUGCCUUCCUUGUUGAGGCUGACUUCACAGCUGGACGACAUGUUCGAGAGGCAUGCUGCUUUGCCUGUCUUGGACACCUUUAACGUAAAUUGCAAGCAGGAGGGUGCGCACAAGACCGUGGAUGCCUUUCUGAAGCACACGGGAAGCGAGAAGUCAAACACUCGAGUUCUGUUCAGAAAGUAUGCCACAGGCAAGGAUGGGGAUGGACACUCUGUACUCGAUCUUGCGGGUGCGACAGCUCUGGUCUCUGAGCUGUCAGACAAGCUGAAAAUCCACCACAAUUUCUUCUACGAUCUAGAAACACAAUUUUACCAGUUUGACUUCAAUGGUGAUGCGCGCUUGAACGAAGAGGAGACGAUCUGCAUGGUCCGCAGUAUACUGAAGCAACGGCGGUCAGCUGCAGGGGGCAAGCCCGAUGAUGCGCUGGUGCCGUACAAGACGCCCCGAGAAGCAGGAUACUACGUGGUCCGGGAGCUUGGCCGUGGAGGCCAGGGGGUCAUGUACUUGGCAACCAAGCAAGAGAGUGGAGGCUUCUUCCUAUGUAGGGAUGAUGAUGAGCAGCAGUACUGCAUCAAGUUCUACUCGAAGAAGGAUGCAAACGCGGGUACUGUGCAUGAGCUGGUGGAUGAGUUCUCGCGCAUGCGACAGUUUAAGAGCCAGUUUGUCGCCAAGACGUACGAGACUUUUCAGGAUGCGGACUUCUACUAUCUGGUCAACGAGCCGUACUUUGGGGGUGACUGGACCAAGCUUGCCCACAAGGCCCACGCGCAAGGCGUACAGAUGUCUGAGGACUGGUGGCGCAGCUUGUUUCGCCAAUGCGUCAGCGGUCUUGACUAUUUGCACAAGUCUGCCCAGAUGCACUGCGACAUCAAGGAGGCUAAUUUGAUGAUCAAAGAUGGCCACGACUUCUUGAGUCCCCAGGUGGUGUACAUCGAUUUCGGGCUGUCCCAAGCAUUCGCCAAGAAGCUUCAGAAUAUCUGCGGAACGCCUGGAUACAUACCUCCGGAGACGUGGAAUGAGUAUGUGUGGUAUCCUCAGGGCGAUAUCUUCAGCCUUGGAGUUGUUUUUUUCCAGAUGCUGGCUGGCCGCGUGCCUUCCGCCGACGGUGUCCACAAGGGCAUCUUCCAAGAGGGUGCUGAUAUGAAGCAAGUUGCAAAAGCCACCAUGCAGACUCCGCCCCCGUGGCAUGAAUUUCCACAGCAAUGGAGACAGCUGGGUGGAGUAAUUGCUGCAAUGCUGCAGAAAGAGCGAAUCUUGCGCCCGCGACCUGCAGCACUGCUUGUCGACCCAUGGUUUGCCUCUGACUCUGAUUCGCCGCUGCCGCGGGAGAAUCUCGCGCGGAUUGUGGGCGUAUCCAGAGAAGCAGUUUGCAGGACUUCAUUGUGA